AUCAUAAAAAUGUCUACUCAAACUACAUAUUCCCCAAGUACAUUCGUAGAUCUUAACUUAAACCAUACACAGACAUUAAACAGUGAAGAUAAUUAUAGUAAGCAAGUAAACUUGGACAACCCAUUUGACAUUGUUGAAAAAGAUAGACACCAGCUGGAGGAUGUUAAUUUGUUAUCAAUUUCACGUGGAGAACGUCCGGAGGCAGAUAUUAAUUGGGCCAGGCUUAAAAGCUUAUAUGUUUUUGAUGAAGAUGGGAAUAAAAUUAAGUUCACAGACAUAUACAGCGAGCAAAAAACUAUUGUGAUAUUAAUAAGGCAUUUUUUAGAUUUUAUAACCAAGGAAUAUGUUGAAGACAUUGCGCUGAUUCCAUUAGAAUAUCUUCAGAGAGCAAAUGUAAAUCUUGUGGUCAUAGGUCCAGCACCACACAAGUUUAUCAAGUCCUUUAAAAGUCUAACUGGACUCUCACACAGAUUGUAUGUGGACCCUGACAGAGAAGUUUACAAAGCACUGAGCUGCACUGAUAAGUUGAUAACUGGAUCUUUAGAAAAAAGCAAGCACAUAAAAUCUGGGUUUUUCUCUGGAAUGUUGAGUAGUGUGUGGAGGGCUAUGACAGCACAGAGUAAACAGUUCCAAGGGGACGUCACCCAGCAGGGUGGCACAUAUUUACUUGGUCCAGGGGACGUGUGCCAUUUCAGUCACAUUGAUCAAAACUCAGCUGACCAUUGCUCUCUUAAUGAAAUACUCACUCAAGCCAAUGUGACCAAUGUGAGUUUUCCUAAAGACCCCAGGGUUCUAACAAUAUAACUACUCAUCAUCAUCCAACUUUAAGCUUUUCAUUCAGACGUAAUACUUCAACUUUAGGAGUAAUGUCAGUUAUAUUAUAAGAAAUAAUAAAAAUACUAGUGCCAUUAUUCAUUUGUUACAUUUGAGUGUAUUAAAUGCUUUUUAAGCAUGCUAUUUCAUUAUGUACAUUAUCUUUUUAAAUUGUGAUAAUAAAAUAAGU